UCUAGCAAUCCAGUACAAACCAACAAUGUUAGUUGCCGAUGUACACAGAGCGCAAAAUACGGAAACAGUAAAAUCAAAGUUCCGAGAGAUCGGCACAACGUUAGCGUUAAUUCCAGGCGGAUGUACAAGCGAACUUCAACCCCUUGAUAGAGUGUUCCACGCUCCAUUGAAGAAAAAGAUUGAGGAAAUAACGGACAAGCAUGUGCAUGCAAACAGAAAACAAUGGCUUGAGGGCACUUUCACAGCUUCAGAAAGGCGAAUCCUUAUGACUAAAUGGGUAGGGGAAGCCUGGUCAGAAACCUGCAAGGAACAAACGGCCGCUGUGGUGAAGUGCUUUAAAAGCUGUGGAAUUUCAAACAAAACAGAUGGCAGUGAGGACCAUCUUAUUCACUUCACAGGCAUUGACAAUUAUACGUUUGAGCCAGAGAAAGAGGAGACUGAAGACACUGAACAUGGCUGUUUUAUUUUGAACAAAAACGGUGAAAGUGAUUCAGAUGAGGACAUUCCACUGGCUGAGCUAAAAUUCAGAGUUUGACAGUUUAAAUACAGCCUGUAUUUUAUAGUUUUAGACAUAAUAUUCUGCGCAUAGUAUUUUUACUAAGACAAUACAUGUAAGUUUUUAUCAAAAUAGUGGACUUUGAAUUUUUAUGGUUUUUAGGCUACGCAUGGUAUUCUAACUGAAACAAACAUUUUUAAUCAAAAUAUUGGACUUUGAUUGAAUUUUUAUGCUUUUAUUACAGUUGUAAACAUUUUAUUUUUAAUUUUGAAUUAAAUCAUAAUUUAAUGUCAUGUCAUGGAAUAUUUAUAAUAAAUAAUUAAACUGAUACUGUGUUUAAUUAAGGCAUUGUCAUGACCGGCUUAUUUUCAAAACAGGCUUAUUUUCGAGUAAUUAUUAAUGCAAGAAAUAGGUGGCUUAUUUUCAAAACCGGCUUAUUAUUAAAUCCGUCUUAUUU